AUAGACUCCCAUGCUACGUGCCAGCGAUUUCUUGUCUUCUUCGCGGCGUACUGUUAGCUUUGUGGAAUCCCUGCUGGCGAGAUGUGAGAAAAAGCUAGACCUGGAUAAUCCCAUCUUUCGUGUUUCUUGUGCACUCGAUCGAGCGAUGGUGCAGCUCGAAUCCGUGCAGCUCCUUCGCAGCCGGUUCAUCCAACCAGCCGCUGCUGCCAGCGACAUUGAUCCUCCUACGCGCUACGAGCUCACGCCCUUCGAUGGCAUGAUGAGAAUCGCUCUCUACCAGAAGAGGAUACUCUUCUUCGAGCGCGGCGAUUCUAGGAUGGAUUUCGCGGCGCUGGUGACGGCGCUCGAGGAGAGCUUGCGAUGGGUGCUGGUGAGUUUCCGGCCGCUGUGUGGCCGCAUGGUGGUCGAUCAAGAUCUUAGUAGCGGCCUCUGGAUCGAUUGCUCGGGCGAGACGAGCGUCCGGUUUGCAGAGGCACAGACGGCUGCGCGGCUGGAGGAUCUGGGCGGCUUCGAGCCCAGCGAGUUUUGCGACUCGCUGGUGGAGAUUGGAUGCUCUCCAAAGUACCCGUGGGAUCCAAAGCUGCCAUUGCUCUUCGUCCAGGUGACGAGAUUUGGCUGUGGAGGCAUAAGCCUUGGAAUCGCGUUUAGCCACCAAACCAUGGACGGCGUGAGCGCCUGGAACUUCAUGAAGUCGUGGGCCGAGCGCGCGAGGAGCGGAGGAACCUCACCGCUCCCGCGAGUUUCUUGCUAUGCAUACAAGUCUCCCAUGCUCUCGGAGCGGCAACUAGAAGAAGCGGCGCGAAUGGGCGGCUUCGCACUCGGCAUGGCCACCAAGAACACCAUCAAGCCAAAGCUCGGCGUCAAGAAAUUCAAAGCCACACGAGAAGCCAUCCGAGCCUUGAAGACCUCUCUCCCGAGCUUCAGCACCUUCGAGCUCGUGUGCGCGGACUACUGGCGGAGGAUGGUGGCGUCGGCGGUGGAGGCGGGGAUUCUCAACGCCGACGAAUGCUACUUCGUGAUCCUGGUCAACUGCCGGGGAAGGAUCGCAUCCAUGCCGGACUCCUACUUUGGAAACGCGAUCACCGGCACCCGAGUCCGCGCCAAUGUUUGCGAGCUCCUUGGUGGUGGGGGGAUUUGCAACGCUGCUCGGGCGAUCCACGAAGGGAUUGCCGGACUGCGCGACGUCGAGGGAUCCGUGCUGGUGAUCAACAAGUUUGUGGAAGAGCUGGCGAGGAAUGGUGCCGAGAUUCCACCGCACAAGCCGGGGCAGUCGGUGCUGGUGGUGAGCUCGCCGCGCCACCCCAUUUUCGAGUGUGACUUUGGAUUUGGGAGGCCGGUCGGGGUGACUUUCGGGACGAACGACCUGAACGAUUCCAAGCUCUACUUGUUCCCGGCCGCGGAUGGGAAUGGCAUGGACGUGACAGUUUGUAUGAGAGUCGAGGCGCUCGACAAGUUCGUGUGAGUCUCAGCUCUUCAUCUUCUUGUGCUCGCAAUGCGCGAGCUCUUGAUUGUUUUUUCUCAGUUGUCGAUCAAUUCUUCGUUUGGGCUGGAGGUUGGAUUUGUUUCGCCAAUAAUUCUUCAUGAUCUCUUUGUUUCC